AUGAUCAUUUUCAAGGACAUUAUCACCGGUGACGAGAUCAUCUCCGACUCGUACAACCUCAAGGAGAUUGACGGCGUCGUCUACGAGGCCGACUGCACCAAGAUCACUGUCGGAGGAGAAUCAUUCGACACUGGUGCCAAUGCUUCCGCCGAGGAGCAAGAGGAGGGUGCCGAGGACGCGGCCGAGACCAAGAUCGACGUUGUCUACUCUUUCCGCCUGAACGAGACCGGCUUCGACAAGAAGGGCUACCUCACCUACCUUAAGGGCUACAUGAAGGCUGUCAAGGAGGCCCUUAAGACUAAGGGCGCUGAUGAGGCCACCAUCAAGGAGUUCGAGACCAAGGCCUCUGCCUACGCCAAGAAGAUCAUCGCCAACUUCAAGGACUACGAGUUCUUCACCGGCGAGUCCAUGAACCCCGAUGGUAUGAUCGUCCUCCUCAACUACCGCGAGGAUGGUGUCACACCCUAUGUUACCGUCUGGAAGCACGGUCUUCAGGAGAUGAAGGUUUAA